AUGGCAAGUGAAGGUGACCAAUCGGAAUUAAUGGGUGUCGUUGAACCCGAGAUGCUGGCAAUCGACGGUGAUGAACUUGAUGGGAGCUUCCCGGUCAGCCUGCAGCCACGUUACGUCUUUGGUGUCCGAUCUGAUGUCAAAAACGGGGUCCAUCUUGAGAUAGAGCACCAUACGCAAACGUUCCUGCCUACUAUCAGCGAAGAAGGAGGGCUGGGGAUCUGCUGUACUGCAUUGUCGAGUGACAGACGGUACCUAGCUGUUGGAGGGCGUCACCACGAGCGAGCUAUCAUCACUGUGUUCGAUCUUGCAAGUUCGAAGAAAGUCAAGACUUUGCAAACCGACGCUGGACUUGAGGACAUCGAUUGCAUGGCGUUCUCUGAUGGGGAGGAAAAAUAUAUUGUGGCGUUGUCAACGGUUGCUGCACAAGUAGGCCCACAGCAUGCCACACACACAGCAUAUCAGGAGGCGCCUGCUGACGGGCCCACCAGAUCAGGCUGUAAACUGUCUUGCUGGAAUUUGGAUGCGGAAGAAGAAGGGGUAUCAUCGAGCGUCGAUCUUUUGAGAGGAUAUCCAUCGACAAUCAAUGCUAAGGCGGAUCAUGUAUCAUUCUUCAACUCCACUAGAAUAGGUGUCACCGGAAUCAACUUGGUGGCGGUUUACGAAAGGUCUGAUGCUGGAGAGCUGAUGGCAGCAGCAACAGUCGAGGAGCGCCUCCAGGGUCUACCAGCAUCACACCGUAAUGCCUCUGGUGAGUUCAUCAUCACCAACCAUUUAUGGACUCAGGCUGGCGACAUACUCUGCGCUACGGCAUUUGGCAACCUUGUUCUGUUUGACCAGCAUGGGGUUUUCAAGUAUUCACUAUCGAUGGAUGCCCCGACUAUAAAAGGGGCGUAUCGUACGAUGAUUCCCUGGUCCAGAGGAGGCUUCCUUGCUGUUGGUGAGGACAGUGUCAGCCUGAUCAAACCUGUGUCGGUGUCUCUGGCACCAUCGGAGAAUUACCUGGCAGUGAUCACUGAGUGCGGACAGUUGCUCUGCGUCCCGCUUCGAUCAGUCAGACGGGUAAGGCAUGCACUAUCUCGAAAGGAAGGUGGUCGGCAAGAUGAGAAGUACAACCCGGUUGAACAAAUGGCGAACUGGAUGCUGUGUAGGGACUAUCUCAUGUUUAUCGCUAUCGAGUCCAUCGUGUAG